AUUAUUCACAUAUAUAUAAAAUAGGACAUUAAAUGCCCCACAAACCGUUUAAAAGGUUUGUCUGUGGGAAUGCGACCUACUUAUGUUUAUAAAUUUAUAUUUACAGAUGCGGAUAGUAGUAUUUUGUUAAUAUCUAUCCUACAUCUACACAGGUCCACAGAUACAGAUACGCACAAACCUAAAAAUUCUUUACCUCAUUCUUACAUACAUACUUAUUCUUCUUCAUAUACCUAGUUUUGUGCAAGUAACUAAAGACAGAGGUAAUAAGGAUUUUUAUGAUUCUUCAUUUGAAUUGAUGAAACAAAAUUGUUUUGUUACCAUGGUUAUACUAAAAUACGCCAAUUUUUGUUUGGUUCGUGUCAAAUCAAGCAAGAAUAACUGUUGUAAAUUCGUACAAAAUACAGAUCCUUGAGUUUGAACUAUAAAAAUAACAACGAGAUGGAAGUGCCUGAUGGAUUAAAUGAUCCGAAAUACAUCAAGAAAAAAAGAGAAGAAUUGAGAAUAUUUUUCCAAGACGCUAAACUACCUAAAGAUGUUAUCGACAAAGCUAUUGAAAAUGAACUAAAACCUUUAACUGACGGCUUGAAUAGGCCUUACAUUGCUGCCUCUACUACUGGAGAAAUUAAAACCGAGGCCGAAGUUAUGUCUGGACAGCCAUUUACAACAAUAGAAGAUAAUAGCAAACCACUCACUUUGGAAGAAAUAAAGGAAAUGUUAAAAGAUAACCCUAUAAUUGUCGAGAAAGCGCGUCAAAUACAGAUAAUGGGCAAAAACGAGAGUUUUAACAAACAAGUGGCCAUGCCUCUCGACGAAAUAAACCUUACAGAGUACAGCGACAUGAGAAAGGAAAUCGAUGCAGUUGCAGGAGACAAAGAGAAAAUCAAUAAGCUUAACUACAAAAAUAUGCUUGCAUUAAUGACUUCCGUAGCCGAUUACAAGGCAAAAUGUGCCAGCCAAAGCAAAGCACCACCAGCAGUGCAAAAAGUUGAACGUGACUCAGAUAGCGACGAAAAAGAAUUUGAAGCCAUAGAAAAAGUUGUAAGUCAGUAUACCACUAAAUCUUAUGAGACGCGAUACCAAGAAACUAAAGAUAUGUUGCUGAAAAUGGCCGACAAUUACGAUGAACUACAGACGUGCCAAGACACAGUGGAAAUAAAUAAAAACCCAGUAUUAAAAGAUUCAUCUGUGCAGUUAAUAAAAGGAGAUAGAAGGCGAUCAGUAUUCGACGAAGUAAAAGAAAAGUAUGCCAUAAAUGAAUCUAUGAAUAUACCGUUAAAAGAUAAUCCGGUCACACCUGAUCUAAGCGGUAUAAAUAAAAAGAAAACGGAAGAAACCAAGGUACAGAAAGAGGAAGUCAUUAACGUAGAUGAAGUAUUCCCAAAAAGUUUUCAAGCCAAACUGAAGGAUACGGAAAGAGCCUUACGUGAAAUUAAUUCAGUUCUAGACAAUGCCGAAUCGAUCUCACCGACCUUAACGACUGCUUCAGAUGGACAUAAUGCUGCAGAAGACAAUGCCGCCGCAAAUAAAAAUAACUUGCAGAUCAAAGAACUUUGUACAUGUAAAGAACAAACAGUCAUUCAUCAGAAUGAAUCAGGCACAAGUAGCCAAAUCGAAUCGGAAUACACCAUUACCCAGAAUGAGCCCGAACAAAUCACGAAUGCUCAAAAGUUCGACGAAAAGAUGGAACGAACGCUGCACAAUGCCUUGGAAAGCAUAUUCGAUGCUACAAGUAACGAGAAUGAAGAAAAUAAUGAAAUGGAAUUUAAAGAGAUGAAAAAUUUAGCGCGUAACAUCGUCGAAGGUGCUGAAAAUCUUAGUACUUUGAUACGCGAAGAUAUAACUAAUAAACUAAAUAGUAUGAAUGAGUUAUUAAAUGACGUUAAUGAAGCUUUGGAAAAUUCAAAGAAAUCAAACAUAGCGUACCAAAAGAUGCAAGAGGAAGGAGAUUUGUUAAGGCGUGAUAUAAAAAGUAAAAAUGAAAUAGUACAAGAAGAAGAAAGUAAUUCACUAACGGAUGAAGCUCCAGAAUCCGACCCACAGCUUGACAGCAUUCAUGAUGCCAUUAGUAAGCUUAACAUUGAGUUAAAAGGCCAUGAAGAAAGAAUUAAUCAAAGCAAAGCUCGAUACCAACAGAGAAAUGCUGAAUGUAAAACAUUUAUUAAAGAAGUUGACGAGAUAUUAUUAAAAUCUCAUGACAUCUUGCAUCCAAUGCAGCAAAAAAACGAAAAUGAGUCUAAUAAAGCUCAGAACAUUGUAACAAACGUGUGCAUUACAGAAAAUAAAAUUGUUAAUGAUCAAGGAGAAAAGGCAAGGCAGGAACUGUGGGAUGUAGACAUUUCACAACCUAGUGAGCAUUGCGAUAGCAUGACCGAAACGCAGAAACGAGAAGUUGAAAGAAAUAAAAGGAUUGACAACCUUCUGUACGAUAUUAAAGACAAAAUGAGGGAUAAUAAGGAAGUUUUGAGGUUAGCGAACAAUCUUCUAAGAAGAGAGGAAAGUAGGAAAAAGAGUCUACUUGAAAACCCUAAAAUUCGAGAAUUGGCUACGACUGAAGAGGUUGAUGUAAAAGCACAAGGUGAUUUCGCUGGGACUGAGGAAGCACAGUCGAAGAAUGAAAAAAGAUUGCCGGAGCUAACAGAUGGAUCAGAAAUCGAAACAGAUAAAGCCAAGAACGUGAAAGCUGAAGCAAAGAAGAAGCAAGAGGAGGCUGAAAAAGAAAGGCUUCGGCAGAGGGAGUUCCAAAGAAGAGUCGAGAGAGAGCUGGAGGAUAUGAAUAAAGCGCCACGAAUGACGAAAGAGUUUAUCAGAAACCAUUGCCGACAGAACAAGCUGUACUGCACGCCGUACCUGAAUGACAUCUUGUAUUUACAUUUUAAGGGCUUUUCCAAAAUUGAGAAUUUGGAUGAAUACGUUGGGCUCAAGUGCAUAUUCUUGGAAAAUAACGGCAUCCAAAGGAUUGAAGGGCUCGAUACUUUAGCCGAACUUAAAUGCCUUUAUCUACAUUAUAAUGUUGUCAGAAAAAUUGAGAAUCUCGGAGGGUGUCCCAAACUAGACACUUUGAAUUUAGACCAUAACUUUGUAUCAAGAAUUGAAAACUUGGAAGUUGUACCGGAUUUGCAUACGUUAAGCAUUGCUCAUAACAUGCUAAGUUCUGUCGAUGACCUUGCACAGCUGAAGUACUGUAACAAUUUGUCAGUUUUGGAUCUUUCGUACAAUCGCCUCGAGGAUCCACUAAUCGUAGACGUUCUUGCCGAUAUGAUGUUACUAAAAGUGCUUGUUUUGACCGGCAACCCAGUGGUGCGCAACAUACCAGCGUAUCGGAAGACGCUGACGCUGCGAUUGAAAGAGCUAUUGAACCUGGACAACAGACCGGUAUUUCCGAGGGACCGCGCAUGCGCAGAGGCCUGGCAGCGGGGUGGUGUGCAAGAGGAGAUCGCUGAGAGGAAGCGUUGGAUUACUAAAGACCAAGAGAAGGUAAUGCAGAGUGUCCGGUACUUGAUAAAGAUGCGAGAUGAGAAGAGAGCCAUAAGAGAUGCCAAGGAGAAAGAGGAACGAGAGAAGAAUGGCUUGCCACCAAAGGAUGACGAAAAACCGGAAGAAAAACGAGGGACUGAACAGAAAAAAGUUGCUGCAAUGCCAACGGAAGAAGUAGAAGGUCCGUCAGCUUUAGAGGAGAAGUUCGGUCCUGUAGAAGUCAAGGUCAAGGAGGGAGUGGCUGUGGACAUGCUGACAGGAUCUGAAGAAGAAGACUCUACCAGUGAUGACAGUGGUGACGAUAGUGAUAAGGAUGACGGUCCGGAAACCAAUAAGAUUGAGUGGUCAAAGCUGGACGUUGGUAGACAUUUGAUACAAGAGAUUACGGAUGAACCUCCACCGCCACCUCCUGAAGACUACUGGUAUGGGUAUGGAAACAUCAAGCCCAAAAAUCAAAUAAGAGAUAACACUUCAGAAUGUGAAGCUAUUAACAAUUUACUCUUUAAUCAAACACCACAUGUCGAACGAAGGGGAGUGACAAAAAUUUUAGAAGAUUCCAGGAAUCGUAAUCGAAAAUCGAAAAUAACUGAAAUUAAUCCAGAUGAAGACAAACCGAUGAUCGUGGCAGAAAAGAAGUCAUUAGUUGAAAUAAUGGACUCACACGUCAGCGAAACUGAAGAAAAUAAUGAUUCGGAUGAGAUAAAAGGUUUCAUUGAAGAUGUCACUAAAACCAAAUCCGAAAUUAUCGAGAAAACGAAACCUCCUGAAAACCCAGAGAGAGUAAAAGAGGAUAAUGAAGAAACUCAAGUAAUAGAAGAAACCUACAAUACAUACAUUAUCAUGGAAGGCACCAAAAUUAUAGACUUAGACAAAAAUACUAUUACUGAAAAGCAAGUUAGCCAGUGUAAAAAGAAAAUGAAGAAGAUUCCUAUAAGAGAGAUCCCAUUAGAGACACAGAAAGCACCUAAAACUACGCCAGCCGAGGUUGAAGAAGGAAAAGAGAUGCAAACAGAUGGAGAGGUAGAGGGACAACACAAGAGUGGCAAUCAAGAAGAUGGUACAGCAUCUACCAGCCACGGUAGUGAAGGAGUAUAUUCAAUGGUUAGUCUAGCGCUUUGUUAUAACUCAAAGAGCGCAGUUACAUCACGUCGUCCGGAGCCUUACUACGGGCGUCUGAUCGGGCGUCUCACUCAGUACGCCCACGGCAUCCGCGGCACCGUGUACGCCGUCGACGAGAGCACGGUCUUCGUGCGCGGGUUUGCGUACGAUGGCACGGGACCUGAUGCCUACUUCUGGGUCGGGGACUCGCCUCAACCCAGCCCAGAAGGUAUCCUCGUGCCGUACCCAGAGGAUUAUACAACAGGUAGUUAG